ACAAUUUAAUUUUAUUAUAUGUUCUGUGACGGUAAACGUCAAGUUAGCGCUAACCAUUUAACCUUAUUGCUGUCCGUGAGGGCAGCACCUCCCGGGGGGACAAAAAUACGUAACGAAGGAAUUCGGCACGCGAGCAGACGGAACGCGCGCGAACGAAUUUGAACCAGUGAAGCAUCGACCAUCAAAGUGUCCGUCCACUUACGAUAUCAUCCCUUCGAUUCACGUGCCCUUGACGUCCGUACGCUCUAAUAAUAACAGCGACCAGUGAUCCAGGAGUACAGCCGCCAAGGAGCCAUCGAGUACCAGCCGGAGGCCAGAACGAGAAAGAGAGAGAGUGUGAGAGGUUUCGCCAUCGAGGGCGAAACCAGUGCGUGCGCGCGUUCGCGACUCGCGAACAUCGAAACGACAAUAAAACUGUUCUGUGCUGUGCGAAGUAUUCGCUGUUUCUCUCCGAUCGUCUGCGAGUAAAAGAUGAUAAGCAUGGAUUCAACGAAAAAUUCACACGACGAUGGCACGUGCUGUAAUUGCAAAACUGGAGAUUCCACUCGGCAAACUUUAUCGGAAUUAGAUUUCGAACGUGGUAUUUGGUAUGCAGCUCAAAGCAACGAUCUGCAACGAGUGCGUCAAUUGUUAAACAAAGGUACAGCAGUAGACGUGGUAGACGGCGCAGGUUACACGGGCUUGCACUACGCAUCGCGCAACGGCCACGUGGAGGUGUGUCGUGAGUUGCUGAGUCGUGGCGCCGCGGUGAAUGCGAUGACUAGGUCAGGACACGCAACGUCUUUGCACCGCGCUGCGAGUCAGGGGCAUGCUCGAGUCGUCGAUAUGCUCCUGAAAGCUGGUGCCAAUGCCAAUGCACAAGAUGCGGAUGGUUUCACUGCGCUUCAUCGUGCGAUAGUAGCAAAUUCCGAGCCAGUUUGCAAGCUCCUAGUGUCAGCAACUAGAUUGAACUUGACCGACAAGUAUGGCCGUACGCCUAAACAACUUGCCGAGGAAAAAGACAAAUUGCAUUUGUUUGAAUAGGUCUGUAAGUGCAGUUUUGGAAUACAUUCACUGGAUAAGUUUUAUUUUGGAGCAAGCAGGCAGUUACUUUUUAGCGACUGUAGUUGGAAAUUAUCAAUUAGUACAUAUUUUCUAAUUUAAUAAAAAUAUAAUUACUUAAAUAUUCAAUAUAUAUUGUUAAGCAGAAUG